AUGAUACUUUGUGGGGGCCUUUACACAACAUGCAUUGCAAAGGUGUCGUCGGGUGGUUCUUUUGAUGGUAAUGCCCUCGAGAAGUCCCCGCUUGAUUGUUCUGAGGAGGUCUAUCCGUCCACCCAUUCGAUUAUGGCUCCUAAGAGAAUAGGGACUUAUGUCGGGUCUCAACCUAGGAAAGGUAGAAGAAGGGCUGAAGAUGACAUCGCAAUUUCGACACUUAAAACAGGACAACAUCCACCCAGGGCAGUUCGUAUGGAGAUUUAUCUGGAGGCUUUGGAUCUUUGGGAAGAAAUGAGAGAGGAUUACGAGGUCCCUCCAUUUCCAGCAAAUCCUACUUGUAGCACAAAUCAAAGUAUAGAAGGAAAAGAAGACAAGAAAAUCAAAGGCAAAAGCUUGCCUAUUUGCAGCUAUAUCUCAAAUGAUCUUCAAGCGAAUAAUAAGAUGAAGGAGUCUCAGUCGGUGAAAAAGUACUCUGACAGACUUCUCAACAUUGCCAACAAGGUGAGAUUGCUUGGUUCUAUGUUAAAUGAUUCCAGGAUCGUUGAAAAGCUGCUAUUCUCUAUUCCAGAGAAGUUUGAAGCCACCAUUACUACUCUAGAGAACACCAAAGACCUGUCAAAGAUUUCUCUUAGAGAGCUCUUGAACGCUUUACAAGCACAAAAGCAAAGGAGGCCUAUGAGGCAAGAAGGGGUGACUGAAGGUGUUAUAAAUGUUAAGAAUCAAGACAACAGCAGGUAUAAAAACAAGAAAAUUUUCAAAAACCAAUCGACGAAUGGAGAUUCAUCUACCAAUUAUCAGAAGACAAAAGGAGGAGGUUCCAAAAAGUUCUAUCCACCUUGCCGUCAUUGUGAGAAGAAAGGUCAUCCACCAUACAAGUGUUGGAGAAGACGUGACGCCAAAUGCUCCAAAUGCAAUCAACUUGGACAUGAAGCGGUGAUCUGCAAAGUCAAAGGUCAGGUGAAAGAAGUAGAUGCACCAGUAAUUGAUCAAGAAGAAGAAGAUCAAUUGUUUGUGGUCACUUGUUUCUUAGACAAAGAAUCAAGCGAGAUCUGGUUGAUUGACAGUGGGUGCACAAAUCAUAUGACAUAUGACAGUGAGUUUUUUGAGGAAUUAAGAGACACUGAAGUCAAGAGAGUGAGGAUUGACAAUGGUGAACACUUGGGAGUUAACGGAAAAGGCACAGUAGCUAUACCAAGCUAG